GUCCCGUGACUGUCGCCGCUCCUCCGCCGUCUAGCCUGUAGUCCCCCUCCGCGGCCUCAGCUGGGCUUUCCGAGCCCAGGUCGCGGCAUCCCGGAGAGUCAGCUGUUUUUCCCCUGGGCAUAAGAGGCGGAAGCCGAAAGGACGCAGGGAGGGGCUUCGCGCGCUGGGUGAACGCCCGUCCUACGUGCUCGUUCGCUUCGCGACCGCUGUGCGCGAGCCCGGUGUCCCCGCGGCGGGCAGCAGCGGCGGCGUCGGUGGAACUCGAAGGGGGCGGAGGGAGUCCGCGGCGGCGGCGGCUGCAGCAGCGAAAUGGCGGAGACCGUGGCGGACACCCGGCGGCUGAUCACCAAGCCCCAGAACCUUAAUGAUGCCUACGGGCCGCCCAGCAACUUCCUCGAGAUCGAUGUGAGCAACCCGCAGACGGUGGGGGUCGGCCGGGGCCGCUUCACCACCUACGAAAUCAGGGUCAAGACAAAUCUGCCUAUUUUCAAGCUGAAGGAAUCUACUGUUAGAAGAAGAUACAGUGACUUUGAGUGGCUGCGAAGUGAAUUAGAAAGAGAGAGCAAGGUUGUAGUUCCCCCGCUCCCUGGAAAAGCAUUUUUGCGUCAGCUUCCUUUCAGAGGAGAUGAUGGAAUAUUUGAUGAUAAUUUUAUUGAAGAAAGGAAGCAAGGGCUGGAGCAGUUUAUAAACAAGGUCGCUGGUCAUCCUCUGGCACAGAAUGAACGUUGUCUUCACAUGUUUUUACAGGACGAAAUUAUAGAUAAAAGCUAUACUCCAUCUAAAAUAAGACAUGCCUGAGAUUUGGUGAGAAGGGGCAAAAAAAAAAAAACCUCCUGUGACUAUUAAUGAUUCGUAUGCACCAGUGAAGAAGUUCUAUCUAACUUUUAGCAUGCUGCACAGAAACUGGUAUAACAUGCCUUCAGUAUACUAACAUUCAUAUGCUCAGUUUUGUUUUGUUUUGUUUUGGCAGUUGACAAGUUAAUUUGCUUUAGUGAAAAUCCCUUGUUCCAGCCUUUCUCGCUCUUCCUUGCUGUUUUAAUGUGGUACACGCUAUAACCCCACAAACCUGUUACUCCAGUAUGAUCUGCAGUGUCCUAACUAAAGUUACUGACUUGGUCUUAUCUGCACAGUUUUUGUGUCCUGUUUGCUUCUUGAAUCUGAUUAACUAGAAUAUUUCUCUUACCCCUUUUUAAUAUGUGAUGUCACUUGUCCUAAUUUAUGUGUAGAAGCACUACACCAUUGGUUUCCAGUCCCCUACGUGUGAGAUACACACUUGUGUGCAGAAAGUAUCUCCCUUCAGGCUUGUAAUACCCUUCACAUGGAAGAUCAAUGAGGGAAAUCUUUAUAUUCUGUAUAAAAACAAAAUCCAAUUUAUAUACUAAAAUCAUUUGUCUAAAAAUUUAAGUUGUUUUCAAAUAAAAAUAAAAAUGCAUUUCUGAUAUGCACUGAU